UCAACAAAGAGGGCGAGUCAGAUCCACUGACUACGGAUAAAGAGAUUCUAGCCAAGAAUCCCUAUGAAGUCCCAGGAAAGGUUGAUAAACCCGACGUGACCGAUUGGGACAAGGACCAUGCAGAUUUGGAAUGGAAACCACCAGCUGAUGAUGGUGGAGCCGCCGUCGAAGAAUAUGUCAUAGAGCAGAAGGACAAACAUGGACGAUGGGAAGAAGUAAGCGACCUUGAAGACACAACUGUUCGUGUAGGACAACAGAUCAAAUUUACUAUUCACAUCGAUGGUGAGCCAGCUCCUGAAGUGAGAUGGACAUUCAACGACAAAGGAAUUGGAGAAAGCAAGGCACAAAUCGAGAAUGAGGACUAUCUGUCACGCUUCAACAUCGAGAAAGCAGUUCGUAAACAAAGCGGCAAGGUACCAGCAGCAGAAACGAAGGCAACUGUAGGCAAUCUGAAAGAAGGAGAAGCGUACCAAUUCAGAAUUGUUGCUAAGAACAAGGCCGGCCUUGGAGAGCCGUCCGAUCCCUCAGACAAGAUCAUUGCCAAAACAAGAUUCUGUAAGUAAUG